AUGCCGCCCACUCGUAAGGGGGUUACUUCUCAGUCUACAGCUUCCACUUCCUCGUCUGUGCAACUAAAAUCCUCUGCGCACGGUGACGCUAAAUCAAAACGCAAACACGGACAUCAGCAGAAAGACGAUGCUUCCUCCCCACUCGCACUGCCUGGAGUGCAGAAAAUCAAGGCUCAACUGAGACAGACUAGGAGGCUGCUUGCAAAGGAUAAACUGGCCGCAGAUGUCCGCACGAAGACAGAACGCAGGCUCAAAUCUCUAGAGGCGGACCUCGCGCAGGCUGAGCGUGUUCGUAAAGAGCGUGCCAUGUCAGCGCGAUACCAUGGAGUGAAGUUCUUCGAACGUCAAAAGAUCACGCGACGUAUACAGCAGGUCAAGCGUCAGCUUUCCCAGUCCGAGGCAUCUGACAAGGGCAAGGAGGCCGCAAAGCUAGGGAAGAAAGAGCGCAAACAACUCGAAAAGAAACUGGAGGAGCUCAGAGUCGAUCUUAACUAUAUCAUAGCAUUUCUGACACCAUACUCUGAUCGCAAGCACUAUCCCAAGCUCAAGAAGUACAUCUCACUCUUCCCACCGGAGCUCCGUUCACAGUCGCAGGAACACUCGGACCCAUAUCCCCACUCCUACUCGCGCCCUUCUGGAUCGGAGAAUGAAACCGAUGCGCAGCGUGAAGAGGUGCGCGCGUGGGUUCGCGAACAGAUGGCUGCUAGCGAAAUGAGUGCAGAGCCGGAAUUGGAGAUAAGAUCCGCUAAUAAGGAUGGGGUUCGGUUGCCGAAACACAUUUCUGAUAGAUAUCCCGCAGCGGGACACCAAGGCGGCAAGCAGGACAAGAUGGAUGUAGAAAUAGGUGUCCAGAGGGAUGAGUUCUUUGGAGAUGACGACGACAAUAGCGACGGGGAGAGAAUCGAAGGGAAUGGCCUCGACGGCAACGGUAGCGGCUCGGAUAUUGCUUAA